AAAUUAAUAAAUAUUAAUUUAUUGAUUAAUUAAUAUUUUUCUAAGUAAAUAAAAUUUUAGGUCCCAACAUUAUUAAUUUAUAGAUGUAUUUGGUUGGAUUUUCUAUAUCAUUUUCCUCUCAAGAAAAAAUAAUAAAAUGAUUAUUUUAUUCGCACUCUCUAUCAUUUCCUCAAACCCUUUUAAGCCCUUCUCAUCCUUUGCGUUCAUCUUCUACAUAUUCCCUGUCGACUCCAAAUUCAUCUCCAUUUCCGAUCGAAUUCGAUCAAUAUACCUAACCGGUUUUUCAUAUUUUUCACCAUGACUCUCGGCUCAGGAGGAUCUAGCAUCGUGGUACCUCGAAAUUUUAGAUUGCUUGAGGAGCUUGAACGUGGAGAAAAGGGAAUCGGGGAUGGUACUGUGAGCUAUGGAAUGGAUGAUGGAGAUGAUAUUUACAUGCGCUCUUGGACUGGCACCAUCAUAGGUCCACACAAUUCUGUACAUGAAGGGCGCAUAUAUCAGUUGAAGCUGUUCUGUGACAAAGAUUACCCGGAGAAGCCUCCCAGUGUCCGAUUCCAUUCACGAGUAAACAUGACUUGCGUAAACCAUGAAACUGGAGUGGUGGAACCUAAAAAGUUCGGGCUUCUUGCCAACUGGCAGCGAGAGUACACAAUGGAGGAUAUACUGACACAACUCAAGAAAGAAAUGGCUGCCCCGAACAACCGUAAGCUCGUCCAGCCUCCUGAAGGGACCUAUUUCUAGUGUAAAAAAGACAAAUUUGAGGGUCGUAUUGACCUCAUGAUAUAAGAUUUUAUAGCUUUCGUAUUGUGCUAAGAUGUAAGUUGCAUGGGGAAUGAACGUUCCGGAUAACUCUUUUCUCCCAUUUUCAACUCCUUUAUGUUGUGUUUUGUUAUUCCGCCGAUGUUCUCCUGCAAGACUGUGUUGGGAAAGUUUGUUGAUGGGAUUUUCUUGUGUGUGACAAACCUUUGGGACUUGUUCUUGUUGAUAUUAUAGAGUGGUGUAGUGUGAUUUAGGGUUGAAUGCAGGAACUGUUGAGGACUCACUCACUCGAAAUAUGAAAUAUCAUUCUAGUGAAAUAUGAAAACUUCAACCUCGAAUAUUUAACCUACUGGAAUAUUCUU